GCGUUGUAAUGUGGUCCUCCACGUGUCCUAUAUAAGCGAGUACCGUGGGGGGACUCGAGGACGAGUGCGUGUUGUGAGUUAGGACUUUACGGCGACGACAUCGAGGACACCGCGGCGAUGUACACCAUCACGAGGGGGCCCAGCAAGAUGGUCACGCACAGGCUACGAGGUCCGGCGCAGCAGGCCGACAACAAGAACGGAGUUGACCAUCAGGCCGGGAGCCUCAACUCCGAGCAGCGGUCACCGCCGAUGGCCUGCUGCGUGACCCCCAAAUUGGUGUUCAACCCCGUCAAUGGCAAGCGGAGCAACGGGCUGCACCUUCCCACACCGGCACCGGCGCACAAGGAGCUCGGCACGUCCUCGCACGCCGAAAACGUCAGCUUCGUCUACAGCACAUGGCAAAAUGUGAAACAGGAUAUGAACAACAGGCAGCUGAAUGGGAACUCCGCAGGACCUGUGGAGUAUGUGCUGGAGACAUCGGAUGACAAUCAGAAAAGAGAAUUUGUUCCAGUGGACCUUGAGGACUGGUGGGCUAAAAGGUUCCUGGCUACGAUUGAGGAUACUCUGUGAAUCGAAAGACAAGAAAAUAACCAAACUUUGCCUGUUGAACACAACCGAAAAAUAGUUGUAAAUAAAAAAAAAUGAAUGUGACCACAGUGGGGUGUAGCCAUUCUACAUUUUUUGGCAGGGUGUGAAAACAAUUCUGUGGAGGUGGUAUCACGAUUUACAAACCUUUUCUAUGUUGUCAGUCAGAUGUGAUGCCUUGAUAUUCUCGCUUGUCAUGCUCCAGUUCCUCGGUGGUGCUUACAUAUAAAACAGAUCUAAACGUUACUUGCAAUCACACAUUUUUAUGAACCCCUAUCAGAAGUUAACAGCCAUAAUCGUGGGAAUAGGAGGCAACUAAUUAUCAGUAACUUGAAACGUCAUUUCAGGAGAUCACGUUUUGGGCCAGAUAAAAUAAAAAUCCAGAGAAGUGUGGCUCUGUGAAUCACGUAGUAUUUGAUCAUGUGCCUGUCCUGUCAAGCCAAUAAAACAUGUACACCCAGUGUUAUAUGAACACUGCAAAUGAUUCGCCGAAGAGAACGUCUUGUUUUCAAGUGAUAUUCAGCUCACGUGGGCUGUUUCUGUAAUUUACUUCCUGUGAGCUGUGAAACACGAAGACUAAAGGGCCUCUAUUAAUUGGAUGGAAUUCACUUGCAAGCCUCCACUCAUGUGCCUAAGCAACGGCCUGAAACCUGGUCUCGUGGAAUUGCUUCAUCCUGGAAGGUGCAUCUGCUGUCCUACAGUGUACCAUUACUCGUGUUUCUCAUUAUUGCGCACUAAUCCAUUAUUCUGCACCGGAUUCAUUUCCGGGUUAAAAUGAAGUGCAUUUCGGUGCAUCUGAUGAAUUGUGUGUCUUUGUGAGCAAUCUCCAAGUAUAAUGUCUGUAUUUAUUGCCUUUUAUUUGCCGCUGGUAAAUGCAGUGAGUUUAAAUGGAUGUUUCACUUUAUACACAACUUAUAUGAGAGUGUCGUCAUCCUGAAAGGCUGCUGCUGUUGCGUGUUUCAUUGUUGACAAUGCUGUGUAACUGACGAUGAGAUUCCAUAUUGGAGGUUGCCUGAAGGAUUUUCCCCAAAAAGAUCACUGCACUAAAAGGGGUCUAAUAAAGCAACGUCGUCUAUACAUUUUACGUGGCUUGUGUGUAAAACACCUCUUUUAUAAUAUAAACUAAAGAUUUAAAAUCGUAUUUUUGUCAAAGCUUGCCUUGCAAUAAUGGCGAUAAACAACUGGCCCUGCAUGUUGCAGCAAGAGAAGCUGUGUGGUAAUGUUUUUGCCCCUCGACCUGGACAAUGGGAUAUUGUAAAUUGUGUCGUAUCUGCUGCACAGCUCAAAGCUCUUGGAGGUAAAAUGAUGAUGAAACGCCAUUCUCCCCCCCCCCCCCCCCAGUGUUACUUCACGAUGUGUUGUUUACUGCGAGGCGUCUUACUUGAAAAGUGACGUCACAUAACGCAAAAUAACAGUUUCUGCUAUGCAAACAUUGGGAGUGUGUUCGAGAUGGCUGCUAAUAUAGCCGAUAUAUCUUCUUGGUUCUUUCGGUAAAGUCACGUAGAAUGGAAGUAAUAAAAUAAUAAAAAUAAAACAUAAUAAAAUAAUUCUCACGACGUUUCGGCUACAACGCAAGCAGCCGUCUUCAGGUGAAGAAUGAGACUGCCAAGCUAGGAGCUUGUAUAUAAGCUGGGUUGGAGGUGGAAGUGCGCCUUAACAAAAAUCAAAUAUAGCCGAUAUAAUUUGCAUAUGUUUAAUAUCGGCGUGCCACAAUUAUAUUUCAACAGUUGACUUUCCAUACUCUUUGGUUCUUUCGGUAAAGUCGCGUAGAAAAAAUAAAUAUCCCACCGGAGGACGAUUGCUUGUGUGGUGAUCUAAACGUCGUGAUCUAUUAUUAUUUUUCUACCCACGUGACUUUACCGAAAGAACCAAAGAGUGUGGAUUCCUGCAGUCACGAAAGCUUCAAAUCGAGAUUAGUCGGCUUUCCAACUUGCAGCUGGCCACCCAAAGAUGUGGGAUUGCUUUCUCAUAUACAAAAUAUAUAAAUAAAUCAUCUGUAUUUUUUCAUGAGCAUCCAUAUUUUAGGAUAAUUAUCUUUAGCGUUUAGUAAAAUGAUUUCAAAAUGUAUUUAUGGAAAUGAAUUUUAGAAAUGAAAUGUAUUUAUGGUUUAUUAACUUAGCUGCCUUAUGGUUUUAGUAGUGUAUUUGUCUACACAGCAGUUUAAUAGGUUGUAAGUUCAAAUGUUUUCACAAGCAAUAGAAAUGUGCACUUUCUUGCUAGGGUUAUAUACUGUGUGUAUAUACACGGGGUGGUCUAAAAGUUUUGAGAAUUGCAAACACGAUGGCAAAACCUCAGCCGAGGAAACCGAAUAAUUAUCUGGGUGUUCCUAUAUCGAAACGAUCAGUCGAUGUCCUCAGAAACGUUUUAAUAUCCACUUCUCAAAGCUGAAUUGAUUGCCUUUGUGUAAAUAUACACACACAUUCUACUGUAUAUACAUAGAUGUUGUAUAUGUACAUAUAUCUCCCAUGAAAUGCGUGUUUUAAAUGGAAGGCAUAUAUUGCUUUUGUCUCGGGUGUACUCGUGCUUCUGAUAACAUACAAAACUAUACCAUGAGGCUGCCAAGAAAAUGGAAGAUCAUAAUAGUGGUCCCUCGAUUAACGAUAUUAAUUGGUUCCACGAAAAUCAUCGUUAAUUGAAAUGAGCGUGAGUCGAAUAUAGGAAAUGCAUGUUAAAGGCUUUUGGAAGAUAACCACCCUAAAAGCAUAGUUAUUUAUUAAAAUAGAAUUUUACAUAUUAAAUGUUAUAAGAACACUAAAGCAUUAAUAUUCAUAGAAACAUGGAUAAAUUAUUAAUAAAUAGAGCAUACAAAUUUUCAUAAAUUGAGCAUAAAAUAAUAAUUCUUACCUUCAGAUGUUGAUGGCUCGAAUCUUGGUCUCUUUGAAGAAACUGUCAACAUUUGUCUGCUGUGCCGACUUCCUCGAUCUUUUUGCUAUGGAUCUUACUUAACUUUUAAGUAACACAAAUCCCAAAGUUAUUCAAGAGAGCUGUUUCCAAAAGCAAUGUUUAUUAAACAUUUAAAAGAUAACCAGUUGCUCUCAAGACGCUCAUGAAAGGGGGGCGGGUCGCUGAUUGGCUGAUGUCUGCUGAGUCCACUUAUGAGUGCUCCGAUUAGCCGAAGUUGACGGGUUCGCGUGAUAUCGUAAACAUUGUUAAUCGUAAUGUAUCGUUAAUGGAAACAAUGGGGCCCUAUGGGAGGCGGAUCAUUAAUCGAUGGCAUCGUAAACCGAGGGACCACUAUACAACUUUUGCUUAGUUCAGUGCUUAUCCACUGUCCUCAAUUCUUAUUUUUCUAUUGCAAGGGUGUAAUAUAGUCGUACCGAAUGUGUUGAUCUUUUGAAGCGUAUCCUCGAACAUAAUGAAGUAAAAUGUGUAAUAUCCAUUUGCUCUAAAUUGGACACACUUAUAUGAAGUGUUUUUUUUCAGUUUCUCACUGGACCCCAGUUAUAUUACAGUGGCCAGAAUUGAAUGUGAUUUUUUUUAUGACAUUUAUCCACAUUUAUAUUUGUUAAAUAAUUGUACAAUUGUUUUUUACGGAUACAACUCAUUUUGUUACUUUUCAGUUUUAAAACGGUCAUCCAACAUGUAUAUAAGGCACUGGCUGCAGUGUGAUUCAGAGCCCGAGUUUCCAUGCAAUGAUGCUCGAUGUCAGCUGGAUAUUGAGCUUGUGAUUUUUUUUACAUCUGUGGGCUACACCGUGAUUGCGAUCCCAGCACAUUCGUGUUAAUUAUCCACUGGCCUUUUCUUUUGAAAGACAUGCCCGUGUAAAGUGUGAGUCUCUGGAUCACCUCCACCUGCCCUAAAACAGCUGAUACAACAUGUUUUGUGUGAAAUAUUUAAUCUUAAAAUAUGAGAUCAUAAAUUGUUCAAAUAUGGUAUGGUGAGGUAAGAGGCUUUUUUUUGUCCUGGUGCCGACAUCAAUUAUGUCAUCAGACGGGUCAGGUUGAGGUGCAGAUUGUCUCCCUCUAGAGGCACCUGCGACUGGGUUAUGCAGCUCGACAGACAACCACAUGUGAGCACCUGGACAAAAAAGGCCUCUUAUACGCCACCCUUCUGUACAAUGUUGUUUAUAAUCCCAAAGUUGCAACUAAAGCGUAUCCCAGGGUAAAUCGCGGCCUGUUUCUCGUGAGAAUGUUGGUAACUUUCCUCCAGGGCUGCCAGAUUGGGUGUUUUUUUAUUUUUUCAAUAUGUUGUGGAAUUGUCCAAGUUUACCCAAAAAACAUUGCUCUGGACUAACCUAGGCUUUUACUGUAUUGCAACAUCGUGUGUGCAUGUAAACAAUUCUUGCAGCAAAUGUAAGGGUCCGUGGGUUCUUAAUUACUUUUGAUCACUGCUUAAUCUUUAUUAUUGUAUCCAUGCCUAGACCUUUUUACUGAUUCGGGCUUUGGUACAAUUUAAUUUAGUUAUGCUGUGUGGCUUAAAUGCAUCGAUAAAUUAAUUCCUAUACAUUUGAAAUGUAUCAGCAGAUGAGUAUGGGAUUUCAACAAAUGACCCAUUACAUGUUUUUUUAUUAUCGUUGUUAGGCAGGCUCUUUAGGAAGGGGUUAUGUUAAAUUUUCUAGUACAAAUACAUUGGGGUUUUUUUUACAAUAGAUUUUUAUAAGCUAAUUUACAUUUGUCAAAGUAACGAUCCUUGACAUGGGAUUCGUCAUCGAAGCACAUUAAGUGGUAGAUUGUAAAAAAAAUUGGAAAAGUAAAACGUGUUUUUUAAUGUUUGUUCAUACCCCCCAUAACUACUCCAUUUGUUUCAUAUGUCUAGAGGACCACUAAAUAGAGAACUCGCAUCAUAAAAUAUUCGUCUAUUGUUUUAAAUGCAGUCCUCUGGACUUUUACCAACCGUAUUAGAUAUAAAUGAUUUAUUGUUCUCACUUUGGAAGUCAAUAUAAUGUGUAUGCUUUGUAUAGACUUUAGAGAGCUGUGAAUUGAUUUUUGUCACCAAGUAGUUCAAUUAAUUUGUCCGUGCAUACAGCUGUUGCGUUCAGCUAUGCAUACCUUGUCCAAAAAAAAAGUGUCCACGCUUUUGUAUAAUGUGUAACGUGUACAGAGUUGGUUCAAGGUUUAACUUGCAUGAUUAAUUUUAGAAUCUAGUACCCUGGUUUUUCAAGGUAAUGCUCUGCUAUGCAUACAGAUUUGUUCCAUCCAUGUUCAAGUUCAUUGAUUUGGGUAAAACCCUGUGAGCCAUUCGGCUCUUGAAUCGGGUGCAACCGCAAUAAACAAAGACAUGAACAAGAAAACACCUUUAUUAACACAUAUAUGCUAAAAGCAACCCCUAAUUCAUUACUUAGGACAUCUAUGCAGCCAUUUAGAGGCAGAUGAGACAUCUGCUGUCACAUCUACAUAAAAGUGUGCACUGUCGUAAGGUUAAUUUGAUAGGUUAGGAUAUAUUGUGCUUUUCCCAUACAUGUAAUCCCUAUAUGGUGCUGACUGCCACAGAAGCUGUAUGAAUUGGAACGUGCUGUACAGCUCUUGGUUAAAGAUGCCACUCGCCAGACUUGCCUCAUUGGGCCAUGCAAUCCUGAAAUAGCAAACUUGCAUGUGUUUUCAACAUCCAUUUAACCUCGCAUUGGGUGAUAGUCCUUUACGGUAAGCUGUAUUUGUCCAUAUGGUGUGAUUGGUAAAAUGAGAAUUAACGUUGUAGAUAAUUGUAAAUGUUUUUUUAUGCAGUAUUUCCUUUUAAAUGAUGAUUGUUAGCUUUAUGACGUUUGCCUUAAUGACUGUAAAAAAAUAUAUAAAAAAGAUGAAUUGUGAUAGUUCUUUCGAUCUCGUGAGAGGUGUAUGAAAGAGUACAACUUUGUAUGCAGGAAACUGGGAACAAAUCAAUCUAUCCAGGGUGUCCUCCGAAGUACAUUGCACUUGGUGCACUCGCUACAGGAGGAAGAAUGCUUCUUCCCCCCCCCCCCCCCCUUGGAUAUACAACUUUUGAAUGACUUUUUUGAACCGUGGAUUUUUACAGUGUUUUAUGCAACCUUGUAUAUAGUGUACAAUAAAGCUUGAUGCUGAACA